AUGUCCCAACACCCGCCGGGAAGCUAUUCGUCCUCGCAGACGAGAACUGGCGCGCCGAACACCGAGGAGUACAGAAAGAUGAUAUCAGGGGUCCCUUUCCGAGUCCUCGGUGACAUUCAACUUCAAGCCAAGAAAAUCAAGGCACGUCAGUUUUGUGCCAAAUACAAUGCCGACGAUGAGGUUCUGAAGGACGACGAGAUGCCCCUGCACGAGCUCUUCAUGGCCCUACGUACAGAGCGUGAGCGCUUGCUGCGUACAAUAAUAGGGAGUAUCGGUCAAGGGCCCGUUAUUGAACCGCCGUUUAACUUCCAAUACGGCUUCAACAUUGUCAUGGGAGAUUCAGUCUAUGCAAAUGUCAAGUUGGUUUACCUCGUCCAUACAUUAUUUUUAUCCGGCAUCUGGUUUUCCCACUUGCGGAUUAUGGAUAGUGGCGAGGUCACAAUUGGUGAUCGAGUUCUUAUCGGGCCGAAUGUCACCAUUGUCACCGAGCUUCACGAUAAAGACAUCUCAUCUCGGGGAGAUGUGUACACCCGCCCAGUUACCAUCGAGGAAGACUGUUGGAUUGGCGUUGGAACGACCAUUCUUCCGGGGGUCACAAUAGGCAAGGGUUCGGUCAUUGGCGCUGGGUCUGUUGUCACACGAAGCAUCCCCCCUUUUAGCGUUGCGUGGGGGGACCCUGCCCGUGUGGUGGAGCCCGUUAAGGAUGUCCAUACAGUUAACGGCAAAGCCAAGUAA